AUGAGUGAAAUUUUCCCUAUAUCAUGCAUUUCAUGUCGCCGGAAAAAGAUCAAGUGUAAUAAAGUGAAACCAUGUAAUCAAUGUGAGAAGAGACAGAUCCGCUGUAAUUUUCCAUCAACAUUUCGGAAUAUUAGGAUUGAUGAAGAAGAGUUGGAAACUUCAUGUUCUUAUGACAGUACAGAAAACAAGGACGAGGAAAAUUCCUGCGAUCUUGACUUGAAGGGUAGUCGAUCACCAGGAAGGCAAUCAUCGAAGAGAAUUCUGGAGACUUUGAAAACAGAAAAUCCGACCCUUGCAGAUGAACAUCUUAAAUUGAAGAAUAAAUACCAAGAUUUGCUCACACAAUUCACUAUGUACUGUAAAGCUAACAAUUGUAGCGACAAAUUACCGGAACCAUCCAAGGAGAAGGAUAUUAUGCCCAUAAAUAGAGAGACUACUGAAUUAGGUGCUAAAUAUUAUGGUCCUUUGUCGUCUAGUUAUAUACUAAAGAACAUGGGUGUGGACGAAAAAAGCGAUGUAAAAAUGGCAGCAAAUAAGAAUAAGAGCGCAUACUCUCCGCUACAAACGCCGGCUUCAAGUGAUUUGGGACGGUCACCAACACAGUCCACUUUUGAAAGUAAUCAAGAUUUGAUUAAAAACUCAUUGCUGAAGAAACCAUUGCCAUAUUUGUUGGGCCUCGACUUUAUUAUUGGAUCCAGAAAUCUUUCCAAAACUAACGUUGAUGAAUUAAACUUCAAUAUAAUAUGUAAAUUGGUGGAUUUUUUCUUCAGCUAUCAUCCCGUUUAUAAGACGUUUAUCUCCAAACAACAAAUAGUUGACUUUCUAAACAAUUACUAUAAUAUGAAUGAGAAUGAAUGGGAGAAUGAUGAUGAUUUUUUAUUACUUCUAAUGAUUUUAUUGCUACUGAUCCAAAGACUUACAGCUAAGGAGUUCAUUGAUAUUAAUUUAUUGGAUAAUGUUGAAUCUCAAACUAUUAAAUUUAAAAAAGUUAAAGAUCACUUGACUGAUAUUUUAUACCAUAAGUUUGAAAAGAUAAGACACAAUUUAAUCAAUGAAACCGUCGCUACAGUUCAAUCAUAUAUAUUAUGCACAGAAUGGCACUUUAUUGAACAAAGAUUUGAAGAAUCAUGGUCAAUGAUGUUUCACACUUGCUCGAUAUCGUAUUCUAUUGGGUUACAUGUGAUGGGCAAGUUUGGAAUUAUGGAUAAAAAGGAUCUGAAAGAAAAAGACGAAGAAAUAGGACGAUAUAGAAUCUGGUAUGCCUUGAAAAAUAUCAGUGGCCAAAUAAGUUCGAUUUUAGGCAGACCAAGUCCCAUUUCAUUACAUGUUAACUCGCUGAUGCUAACAGCAUCUACUCCGACUUAUUCUUUGCUGGAAAUUGAAAAAGACAAAAUGCUAGUAUCCCUAAAAGUUGGACUUAGCGAAUGUCUUAAGCUUUCAAAUACCAUGUUGAUUGAAAACUUUAUGACAGACUUUAGUAUAGAUGAAUUAUUACGAUUGGAUUCUAAAUUUAAAAAGGAAAUUGAUCAAAUAAAUGUACUCAUUAAUGAUAAAUUAUAUGAUAAGAAUUUAUUUGAUUACCUAAAUACAGACCCGAUGGAUGAAGAUUUCAACGACGACAAAACUGAAAACCAGUGGUUUUUAAUGGAUAAUGGAACCUUAUUAGUUGAUUUAAUCACUUUUUAUAUAAACAGGGCUAAAUUAUUACAGCCAUUUAUUCUCAAGUUUCAGGAUUCAAACGACAAUACAGCGGUUAUUGAGUUGUUACAGGAAACUAUCAAUCAAUUUUUGGAUUACUUGAUUUAUUUCGUAAAUUCAUUCUUAAAUCAAUUAGAUUUGCAACACAAAGAAACAAACUUUAGGUAUUUGAAAACAGAAACUUUCAGUAAAAUAUUAAGAUCCCACUAUCCAUUUUUAAAUUCGUUUAUAUACCAAGGUAUGUUAGUGAUUUUCACAAUUUUGCAUUACAAAUUCAAGGACUUCAUUGAAUGCGAAGAUAAUGGGAGGAAGAACAUAGAUUAUUCGGAAUUCUUAAACAAAUUAGGGGAAGAUUUAAAUACCUUACUGAAACUUGAGUCCAAUUUUGCAGGAAUGACGUGCAACCAUAACAAGCUUUGGUCUUCGAAUAUAACUUACUUGAUCCAUUUGGAUAUAGCGCAUAUUGAAAAAAUCCGUAUAAAGCAAAUCACCAAGAUUCGAAUGGACCACAAGAAAUUUCAAAAUGAAGUAAAUGAAUUGCAAAAUCAAAUCAACUUCGGCUUCAAUCCUGAAUCCGAACUUCAUGGUCUUAAUAUACAUGAUCCAUUUUGGAUAACAUGUCCAGACAGUUUACCUUAUCAUCUUGCUUCUCCAACCGACGAAUACAGACCAUCUAAAUCUACGUUUGAAAACCUCGUGCCCGAAAGGGCGGCUCUCUCAAGUUAUCCUGAACAUUCAAGACAGCCUCAGCUAUUACGUACAUCUCAAGUAUCUUCUAAUAUUCUAGUUGAUGAUUUUAAGCCACAGGGAAAUGCACGUUUUGGGGACGUUUGGAGUAAUAAUUCUUAG